AUCGCCGCAUACUGAGACGAGACGCAUUCUGUGUAUUCAGAUAAACAUGCGUGUCAUAAUGUACUUAUUGUUCCUUGUUUACGAAGUGAAAUGUAUACCGAAGAAAAAAAGUUACUCGGAAAUCAAGUGCAAGGAUUAUUCCAGCGAUUUGUACAACGAAAUUGCGUCGUAUAAAGAAGUUGUACAAGAUAUAUUGGAUUACUCUACGGGUCCUUUUAAAGGGAGAACUUAUAAUGAAUUGGCUAAAUUCGUGGACAAGUUUGGGCCGCGACCUUCGGGAACUGAGUCCCUUGAAAAUUCGAUUGACUACAUGAUCCAGUUAACUCGCGAUGAAGAUAUCAAUAAUGUUGUGACAGAAGAAGUGCAGGUACCGCUUUGGGAAAGAGGCGAGGAAAAAAUAACUAUGCAUGAACCAAGACAUAAAAACAUUGCAGUUCUAGGUCUUGGAAGAAGUGUUAGCACACCACCUGAAGGAAUAACAGCGGAAGUUGUGGUAGUCAAAAGUUUUGAUGAACUCGAAAGCCAAGAAGAAAAUAACAUAAAAGGGAAAAUUGUACUUUUUAAUGCAAUUUUCACAAAAUACGGAGAAACUACAGUGUAUAGAACUCAAGGAGCAACUAGAGCUGCUCAAAAGGGCGCUGUUGCAUCUUUAGUUCGAUCAGUUGCACCUUUUUCCAUCAAUUCUCCUCACACUGGCGCGCAAAACUAUGGAGAAAAUGUCACAAAGAUCCCAACAGCAGCUAUCACAAUUGAAGACGCUGAUUUAAUAAACAGAAUGUAUGAGAGAGGUGAAAAAGUAGUGUUAAAUAUACAAAUGCAAUCAACUUAUGAAACUAAUAAAGUAUCAAGAAAUACUUUAGUUGAUUACAAAGGAAUACAAUAUCCCGAGAAGCUUGUGAUUGUUUCUGGUCAUAUAGACAGUUGGGAUGUUGGCCAAGGUGCUAUGGAUGAUGGCGGUGGUUUGUUUAUUAGUUGGGCAGUUCCCGUGAUUCUUCAUCGGUUAAAUCUACGACCAAAGAGGACCAUCCGGUCUAUAUUCUGGACUGCAGAAGAAUUAGGUUUAAUAGGUGCUUAUGCAUACGAAGAAAGACAUAGAAAUGAGAGUGAUAAUAUUAAUUUCAUAAUGGAAUCCGAUGAAGGCACAUUCGCACCGCUUGGCUUGGAGGUAGCGGGAAGUCAGGAGGCUCGCUGUAUGAUUGCUGAGAUCCUGAAACUUUUCCAAUCAAUUAAUGCAUCAACUUUGGUUGAAAAUGAUAGUCCUGGUUCAGAUAUAGCUGUUCUCGUAAAUACUGGAAUUCCUGGUGCAAGUUUAUAUAAUGCAAAUGAGAAAUAUUUCUGGUUUCACCACACUGAAGGAGAUACCAUAACUGUAGAAAAUGAACACGAGUUAGAUUUAGGAGCUGCUUUUUGGACAGCUGUAGCAUACAUAAUUGCUGAUCUUUCUGUAGAUAUUCCUCGAUAAAAUAUGUAAGUUUAUAACAUAUUUUGUAUACUAAUUAGUAUAAUUAAUUUAGUAUAACUAAUGAUUGAUGAUUGGUAUAUCAAAUAUAAGCGCUUCCUCACAAAACGAUACAUACAAAUUAUUUGAAUAUUCGUUCGAGGAUACAGUCCAAAGGUUUUCAAGUGUUUUUCUUAAGUUUCAAUUUAUUUGAUGUGAUGUAAUAAAAUGUAAACAGUACUAAUAAUAAGUUUUUAAUGCUUAGUUUUGUUACUUGUAUCUGUAAGAGGCAUCUUGUUGAAAAUAUAUGAUGAUGCUUAUAUUC